AGGAGGAUCAUUUGACGGUUUAUUUUACAAUCCAUCGAGGCCUGUUGUGGGGGAGAAUCAUUUGAGCAAUUCAUUCAUCAUGUCGGAUGAUGUCGUCACAGCAGACGCUGGUGCCGCGGAGGCCACUCCUAUUCAAGCAGGCUCCGUAAAGAAGAACUCUUUUGUAGUUUUGAAAGGUUUUCCCUGCAAAGUCGUAGAUAUUUCCACUUCAAAAACAGGCAAGCAUGGGCACGCAAAAGCCAAUAUAGUAGGCGUAGAUAUCUUCACGGGGAAGAAAUACGAGGAAAUGUGCCCCACCUCUCACAAUAUUUUACAGCCUGUUGUGAACCGGAAAGACUAUCAACUGGUAGACAUCGAGGAUGAUGGCUUUGUGGUGCUCAUGGAUGAAAACAACGAAACAAGAUCGGACCUAAAGCUAGAUUUGGAAAGUGACGACGUACACAAAAAGAUCAAACAAGAAUUUAACGAGGGAAAGGAACUUUUGGUGACAGUGCUUUCGGCAAUGAAAACAGAAAAGAUAAUCGCAUCAAAGGAGCUUAAUCCGUAAUCUCAAUAUUGGCUUGUCUGUAAAGACUAGCGUCGUGCUUUGAGACAAAGGAGUGUUUUCGUCGGAGGUAUUCAGUGAAAAUUUCUCUGAUGCAGAAUGGUUUCUUCUAGGCUAGGGAGACUGCUGUGUUUGGAGAAAAAUUUGUUGAAAACAUAUAUCUUGAAAGUUUUCUGGCAGUUUUGUAUGCUGUUUGGAUGGCUUGGAUUACGUAGUUUGUCUGGUCUUGGUUUUACUCGAUAAAAGUUUUUUGUUUGACUUUUUGUGUUCAAGUGAUCUUAUUACCAUGAAAUAUGACAAUGCUUUCGAAGAAAAGAUCCUCUAGGCAGAGAAAGGUUGGAUAAAUCUAACAACCAUAUCAUGUCUGCUACUGCAUCAGUCACACUUUGUAAUUGUUUUACGUUCUUAUCUGCCAUUGCAGUGUCAACGUCUCCAGGACAUACAGCAUUCACAAUGAUAUCGCUAUGAGAAGGAAUCAAGGUAUCAAGUAUUUGCGUAAAUCUGUUCACCAGGGCUUUUGA